ACGCAUUCUCUCUUGUGAAAGUUAGCGUCUGCUUGAGCAGAACAGACCAAAAAGGAAGCCAAAACCCAUCAUUCCUUCUUCUUCUUCUUUGUCGCCGUCAGAAUCGCCACCACAACCACCGUCGUUUGACGUCCGUAUCCUCUAGAUCUCUGUAAACGUACGUACAUAUAUAUACACACACCAAUAUCUACUCUCAGAAACCAUUUGAUCAGUUCUUGUCAAAGUCUCGAUCUUUGUGAGAGAAGACGAUAAAGGAAUAAAAAAGUUCAUAAAUUUUUCCCUCUCUCUGUUUUCUUGGUGAAUUGCAAGUUCUUGUCACUUUUUUCUGGUGGGUUUGCUUUGGUGUUUGAUAAUCUGAUCCAAUGGCGGCGGUUGCUGAGAUUCCCACUGACGAUGUCCGCGGCAUCAGCAGCAACACCGGCGGCGACAAGAUCGUCGGCGACGGCGGUUGUGUCGGAGAUGAGAAGAGCUCGAGCGUUGAGUGUAGAACCGAGUCCGAGCUCCAACCCGAGUCCCAGUUGGAUGGUAUGCAGAAACUUGUGUCGAUGAUCAAGCAGCUGAAUCCUUUGGCCAAGGAGUUUUUCCCUUCUCACUACAACCAGAAGAACAAUCAAGAGGGAGAAUUCAAUCAGCUGCUGUCGGCUGACGAUUUCGUGUCCCCAAAGAAGCCAUCGGAUGAUGAAUUUUACUCUGGCGACAAGAAGGAUGGCAAUAUCAGGAGGAGGAGAAAUAAUUAUGGCCAGGGAGGAGGAAGAAGGAGAUUUACUGGAAGAGCUAAUAAGGCUCAGAGAGAAGAUAGUGUUAGACGAACAAUAUAUGUUUCUGAUAUCGAUCAGAGUGUUUCAGAAGAGCUUCUUGCUGAACUGUUUAGCAGUUGCGGGCAAGUUGUUGAUUGCCGAAUCUGUGGAGAUCCACAUUCAGUUCUCCGCUUUGCAUUUGUCGAGUUUGCAUAUGAGCAAGGCGCACGUUUGGCUUUAAGCCUUGGUGGGACGAUGCUCGGGUAUUACCCGGUUAGGGUUUUACCCUCGAAAACCGCCAUCCUUCCCGUGAACCCUACCUUUCUCCCUCGGUCUGAAGAUGAAAGGGAGAUGUGUACAAGGACUGUUUACUGCACAAACAUUGACAAGAAGGUCUCACAAGCUGAUGUUACAACCUUCUUUGAAUCCACAUGUGGUGAGGUAACCCACCUGAGGCUUCUCGGCGACCAAAUGCAUUCAACUCGCAUAGCUUUUGUCGAAUUUGCUACGGCGGAAAGUGCGGUUAAAGCGCUCAGCUGCAGUGGAAUGGUCCUCGGGACACAACCUAUAAGGGUAAGCCCUUCAAAGACACCCGUGAGGCCACGCAUCUCUCGCUCUUCAUCAACCGAGUAAGAGACCAACCUUUUUCCGAGCCCCCUGUUGUUCAUGACGGGAUGAUGAUCCAUCAUUUCAUCUCUUCAGUUAUUUUCCGGCCACUCUUUUCUCUCAUAGCCAUGAAACAGCACGCUUCUAAAUUCGAAGUUCUUGUUAGUCUCAUUUCACUUUCUCUCAGCUGAGACAUUGUUUGUAAUGGUUAAUCCAAGAAUUUUGGAGCACUUUGGUUCUUGAGUUUCA